UUCUCCGCCACAAAAUUGGUUCUCAGUUCUCACCUUCCUCCAUAUUCGGGUGUGGAGACCCGUCGUUUAAGCGAUGCUAAAAACCAGCGUACGCUGUCCCGUCCAACGAACGAACACAGCGGCGAACCAGUGGAAGCCUUCCACUCUCAGAUGAUCGAAUUCGUUCGAAAUGGUCAAAGGAUCCCCCCUUCGAUCGUGUCCGGAAUUGGAGCAGAUCCAACAAGUGAAUCACAGUUCUUCUCUGCCUCAUUUGGAUUCUGAGGCCAAAAUCCGACAUUAUCUGAUGUAUAAAUUCGGUUUUUCAGUUGAUGAUCCAAAGCUUCAUUCCGUCCCGUCGCAUUCGAUUUUUGUCUGAAAGACGAGGCUUCGGACGACUUGGGGUUUUCGUUGCCCUAGUUUCUUUUCAGAUUUCUGAAGGGUUUCUUUUUUUCCCGCAAGUUUUUGCGUCUCGGAUCGAGUCCAUCUCGUAAAUUUCUUGAAAAUGGCCUUCACAGGAACGCUGGAUAAAUGCAAGGCUUGUGAUAAGACUGUUUAUGUGGUUGAUUUGCUCUCUCUUGAAGGGAAUCCUUACCAUAAGUCUUGCUUCAAAUGCAGCCACUGCAAAGGCACCCUUUCGAUGAGCAGCUACUCGUGGAUGGAUGGUGUCCUGUAUUGCAAGCCUCAUUUCGAGCAACUCUUCAAGGAAUCUGGAAACUUCAGCAAGAAUUUUCAUGCUUCCAAGCCUUCAGAGAAGCAGAAUGAUCUGACAAGGGCUCCCAGCAAACUCUCCUCCAUGUUCUCUGGAACUCAAGACAAAUGUUCUGUCUGCUCGAAAACGGUUUAUCCAUUGGAGAAGGUGACUCUGGAGGGGGAAUGCUACCAUAAGACAUGCUUUAGAUGUGCUCAUGGUGGCUGCAAUUUGACUCACUCUAAUGCUGCUGCUCUUGAUGGAGUGUUGUACUGUAAGCACCAUUUUGCUCAGCUCUUCAUGGUGAAAGGAAACUACAACCAUGUCCUUCAAGCUGCUGCAAACAAGAAAGCCUCCACACCACCUCCUGAACCAGCGGAUGAUGAAGCCGAGCCUCAGGCACAGUCCGAGGACCAUGACGUAGAGCAGUCUUAAAAUGCAGCUUCUGCGCUCCCCACUUUUUGAGAAUUCUUCUUUGUUUUCUUCUUCAUUAUUUUCUCCAAAAAUUGUUUUCUGCUUGGAGAGAGAACCCAUUUGUUUAUGUUCAAAUUCAGAUUGACUUCAGAUUUAUAAGGUAAUUGAAGACACCAUUUGUCAGCCAGAGAAACAGAGCUUACAAAGAAUUGUACCAUAGAGUCUGUUAGUGAGAUGAGAAGCUGGAAUAAAGCAGAUCAGCUACAAUUCCAAAUAUCACCAAGGAAAUUUUGUUUUUCAAUGAAAAUUAUACAUUUGAUUCUGUUGUUCCAAA